GUUAGUUGCACUGGGUUUUGGUGGCAGGUUGUUUAUAGCCAGCCAGGAAACAGCCGUUAGUGUUACUCUAGACCUGGGAAUGCGUUAUUAUUAUGUGUGAGGUUUACAGAACACACCCGCGAGUUUACAUUUUACGCAGCAGGUGAAGACAACAACUAAAAAGAAAACGUUUCUUUGAAUGUGGUGAGAGGAUGUCUGUCCCGACAGGAGAGGGAUGAAGAUGACACGACUGUUGUGGCGAAUCCUGCUGUCAGUGUGGCUAAGUGUAACUGUAGUUUGUUGGUUCUGUAGCUGUCAUGUUGGGUGUCUGGAGCCGGGCCCAGAGGCCCCGAUGCCCGUGUCCUCCCAGGAUGUCCCGUCAGAGGAGGAGUCUGGGGAAGAGGCGCCUCAUCAGAAGGUUGAGCCAGUCUGGGACUUGCCUGCUCAGUUCUCACCAGAAAAUGAAGAAGUGGGAGGCGCUCGUCCCUCUGCUCUGGAGCAGGUGACACAGCACAUGGAUAGGAAACAGUUUGAGGAGAAUGUUUCUAAAUGAGCAGGAUUUCUGAGGCUUACCCCAGCUUUCCACAGGAGCCGUCAGCAGCACGUUACUGCAGCAGCACGUCAUAGCUGCUGAUAGGAACCGCUGUGGUCAACAGAACCUUUUCCACUGGAGCCGUCAGCAGCGCGAGUCGGCCGCGUCUCAGGAGCAGCAUGUCGCGGCCUUUACGCGCCGGUUCUAUUUUCUACGCGCGACGCCUCUGAAACGGGUCAAGUUCGAAAUUUUUGGGGAAGGAAAGACAGGAAAUCAGACGCGGAAACGGAGCGAAGCUACCGAGAUUUUCAGAAUAAAGAACGUACUGCCUUCCGGUUGCUUUACUUUUAAAAAACGUUACGAACUGUGUGGCCCCGUGAGAAGUUAUCACCUAGCUAGCGGUCUCCUUUGUUUUUCAGGUCCGUAUUGGCGAUUAUAAAACGGACAGAACAUAAAACACAAACCAUGUUGUAGUUUUCUCCUGCUUGUUGUUGUGUUUACUGACGAAGUCACUCGUGUGACUUCGUGCUCGGUCGGUGACAGCUGCUCCCCUGCUGCUUCGCGUCUCGUGGGAAGGGCCAAGCAGCAGCUUACGCGAGCAAGACGUGCUGCUGCAGUAACGUGCUGCUGACGGCUCCCGUGGAAACCCGGGGUCAGAACAACACGAGUCUCAGAUGAUGAAACCUGCAGGAAUCUUCUGUGUUUAAAGUUCUUCCAAAUGCAACACGCCAUCAGGUUUUCAUUGGUUGUUUCUGGAGCUGCUUCUCCUUCAGCCCGUUAGCUCUGGUUAGCGCUCCGUGUGGAUCUCUGUGUCUGUUUCCAUCAGGACUUUCCAGCAGAGACAGCUGCUCUGGAGGCAGAUGUAGGAGCUCCACCACCUGAGCAGAGUCCUGAAACAUCCGUGUGCCGGCACGAGGACUGUCCUCCCCCCUCUGACUCCGGUCCCAGCACCCCUAGCAGGCAGGCUGCUGUGACCUCACACGUUUGUCUUUAACGGAGUUCUCACAUGGAGCUCAGAGUCUGGUAAAGAUUCCUUUCUGCUAAAAGCUUUGCCGUUAUGUUUCAGUGACAGGAGUGAUGUGUCUGCUGAAGCUGCUGCUGAGGUCUCUGACUUUGACUGCGAGAGCGAAGGGACCAACCCGUAUGAUGACGACAGCCCUCCUCUGGUUCUGGAGAACACCUCUAAUGCUCACACUGCAGGCACCAAAGCCCACACUGCCCCCCCACUGAGUCCUCCAGCUGUUCCUAGCACCAAGCAUCUGGAAGCCAACAUGUCCCACACACUGAAAGAGAAGGACCUGAGUUCCCCCGGCACUGCAGACACGGACCCCCCUGUGAGCAGCAAAGACCCCGAGGACAUCCCCACGUUUGAUGAGUGGAAGCGUAAAAUGAUGGAGGUGGAGAAGGAGAAGACCCAGUCCACCCACACCUCCAGCAACGGCGCCUCCCUCCCAGUGAAGAAAGUCCAGAAGAACUUUAACAACUACGCCUCUGUGGAGUGUGGAGCCAAGAUCCUCGGUGCUAACCCAGAGGCUAAGAGCACCUCCUCCAUACUGAAGGAGAACAUGGACAUGUACAUGUUAAACCCAUGUAGCACCAAAGUAUGGUUUAUCAUUGAGCUCUGUGAGCCCAUCCAGCUGAAACAGUUGGACAUCGCUAAUUUUGAGCUUUUUUCUUCCACCCCUAAAGACUUCCUGGUCUCCAUCAGCGACCGGUACCCAACUAACAAGUGGCUGAAGCUGGGAACGUUCCACGCCAGGGACGAACGCACAGUCCAGAGUUUCCCAUUGGACGAGCACCUUUAUGCAAAAUAUGUGAAGAUGUUCACCAAGUACAUAAAGGUGGAGCUGCUGUCUCACUUUGGCUCAGAGCAUUUCUGCCCCCUCAGUCUCAUUAGGGUUUUUGGGACGAGCAUGAUGGCGGAGUAUGAGGAGUUUGCUGAUCCUUCAGAGAGGCCAGAUGAUCAGGAUGAUGAUUUAGAUUAUCCUCCUGGAGUCUCAUCUGGAGAAGCUAAGAAUCUGAUUGGAUCAGCAAAAGAUGUGAUUCUGAACAUGGUGAACAACAUAGCUGUCAAUGUUCUGGGAGGAAGCCCAGGAAACCUCUCGUCUCUGGGAGUCAACAUGUCGGAGUCACCUGAACCCACUGCUACUCCUGGUGCUACUGACCUCUCCACAGCUCCAGACUCUGAAGAUGAGCCUGUUUCUCCUCCGCCUCAGACCGCCGAGACACCAGCUGAUACUGAUGAUGAAGAUGUCCGUGGUGGUGAUGAUGAGCGGGUGCAGGAGCUCCUCCAGCCGAAGGACACUAUAGUCAUUCCCUUAGGUAAAGAGGAGGAGGAACCGAUCAGCUCUACAAUCAUUCUUCUGGACAAAGAGGAUCAGGAUGAAGACAAGGAAACGAGGAAUCAGGAGAACGUCUGCUGCUCCUGUUCCUCCUCCUGCUCGUGUGCAGCUUCCUUCCAGAACCUUGUUCUGCAGCGGUGUUCAGCCGAAAAGAGAACUUGCCAAGCUGCGGACAGAGAGCCAGGACCUCCAUCUACCCUGACCCCUACUGGACAGCUGUCCCCUAACCCUAGCUCUGAGCUCCAGCCACGUGGUCCUGAGGAGAAUCGGCUUCCUGAAACAGAACGGUCCUCUGAGCUGGGGCCGGAGACUGAAGCUGUCCCAUCAGAGCCGUCUCCACCUGCUGAGAACACAGAAGCUUCCAGAACUGAACCCAGUGUCCUGGAGCCCAGUCGGACUCAGAACCUCCCUAAACCCAGUCUCACUGAGACACCAUUUGUCCCUGUUGUGGAGACACCAAAGCUGUCCUCUGAGGACACUGUAAAGGAGCCGGAGCCAGAGGAGAGCCUGGCUGAAGAUCAGCGUGUGGAGCCUACAGCUUCUCUCAGCUGCUCCGUCUCCGUCAGCGUCUCCGUCUCAGUGGACCAAUCAGCAGCACCUCACAAUGAUGUCCCUCAGUUAGAAACGAACAUCACUGUCCAGGAGAAGACAUCUCAGGCUCCACUACUCCCCUCCACCUCUACUCUUCCUUCAGAGCAUCACAUUGAGCCACCACCUGUUUCCGAGACCCCCCCAGCUUCCACUGAAGACCCCCCCUCUGCUGCAGACACUGUGUCCCACUUUCGCCCCCCUGCUGAUCACGUGGUCGUCACGGAUACGAAAACGGAGGACAACACAGAGGACAUCUCUGCGUCCUCGGCAGGCAACGGUCCGCUGGUUCCUCCGCCUUUUCCAACCGCCUCUCUCGCCCCCCCUCCGUCCCUGUCAGACAUCUACGCAGAGCCAUUUAACGGGUCGGAGCAGAACGGGAAUCUGCUACACGGGUCCAACCAGAAAGAGUCCGUCUUCAUGAGACUCAACAACCGCAUCAAGGCGCUGGAGGUGAACAUGUCGCUGAGCGGGCGCUACCUGGAGCAGCUCAGCCAGAGGUACCGAAAGCAGAUGGAGGAGAUGCAGAAAGCUUUUAACAAAACCAUCAUUAAACUCCAGAAAACGUCCAGGAUAGCAGAGGAGCAGGAUCUGCGUCAGACUGAAUCCAUUCAGCUGCUGCAGGGUCAGCUGGAGAACGUGACUCAGCUCGUUCUCAACUUGUCUGCUAGAGUCAGCCAGCUGCAGAUGGAGGUCUCAGACAGCCAGAACUACCUGCUGCUUUCUCUCGUGUUGUGUUUGUGUCUCGGCCUCCUGCUGUGUGCCAACCAGUGCCGCAUCACAGUUCCUUCAAGCGCAGAACCCGAUCCACCCAACCCAAAGAGCUACAGCAGCUGCAGACCUGAGAGCAGGCAGUCUUCCUUCUGCGAUGAGACCGGUCUGAAACGGAGUGCUUCUUAUCCUCUCAUACACUCCGAGGCCUUCCAGGCAGCCUCCACUGAAGGCCCAGAAGUCCUACAUGCAGAGGAGACCCAGAGUCUUGGUCCAGCCAACAGGAAGAGGAGACGGCGUAAGGUGAAACCUCUGGACAAGGUGGAGACGCUGAAACCGUCUUUUGAAGAUUCUCCUGGACUGAGUAAUGGAGCUGUUGGAUGCCACCAUGCACCCGUCAGGACACAUGCUGCUCUUCUCAGUAAACAGCUGCUCCAGCCCGCCUUCAGAGACUCGCCAUCAGAAGGUAGCUCAGAGGCAUCAUCUCAUUCUGAUGACCCGUCUUUCUGUGGCAUCACCUCUGCCUGCCCUCGUCUCUGUGAUGGGCUCCCUCCACCCAAAUCCCGUGCAGAGAAGCGGGCGUUAAGACGCAGGCGUCCGAAGCCCAGCUGCACGGUGGUGGACUUGUUUCCUGCUCCUCGGAGGGACAAGGACAGACUUUUACCCAUUACUCUGCGUGACAUCAUAAACAGGAAAACAGAGCAGCACUCUGGGACAUUUGUGGCACUCACAGGUCCGGCUUGAGUCUAAAACAAACCCCACAUCCCACCGGCAGCUUUAAGUCUCCGAAUGAGAAAAUCUGUUGGUUCUCACUGCUAAUUUAAUGUUCUGUUCGUGUUCUUCUUUCCUUUUAUGUCAAACAUGCAAAUUUGGUAUAAUUUAGGUAAAGAAAUGUUUUCCAAUAAAAUCUUUCUUCCUUUUUGGGUGAGUGUUGUUUUGAUAGAUGUAGCGUCACGAAUGGCCUCUAAUUUGUGACAAAGGUCACAUUUUCCCAGCUGGGUCAAGCUGGGUCGACUGUAAAGCCUGAUUUAUGCUUCUCCGUCUGCGUCAGUGCGGAGACACGCAACGCCAUUACCCGUUCUUGCAUAGGGCUCCGACAGGCACGCACGCAAGUACGUACGGAGUCGAGCACUUUUUUAAACAUCCGUCGAACGAGACGGAUUACGCAAGCUUGUGAUUGGUCAGGACCAUAGACUGUAAAUACUGGACAAACGGAUUCCAUUGGCUUCAAUAACACGUUUGUUGUCUAUAAUGGGAGGUGGCCACCACCGCCAUUUUGACCGUGUCACAGGUUCCGUCCAGCCCAGACAACUCCAUAAAAGGGAAGAGAGGAGGCGCUGAGGGUGUGGCUGUAAGGCUGGGCUCGAGUGACGACACCCAGGCGAACUAGCUACGAGCUAACCUGAAGCUAACCCUGGCUAACCCAAAGCUAAAGCGGAGGUGGGAGCCGAGCUAACGGAUGUAGCCACCUAGCUUCAACCCAACCGGAGCUAACUGGAACACCCAUCGACCUGAACCUCACACGGAGUUUAGGUGGAGGUUUUCUGCGCCUGUUCGUGAGAAGUACCUGUAUUAAAAAAGUUUUAAAUCGAUCUAUUAAAAGGUCACCAUGGCAGCCUGUGUGUCAACGUCAGCUACACAAAGCAGCAAGUGUAAGUACCAAGUACUUGUCUUGACCACUUCAUGAAUGGUUUUGUACUUUAAACAGCUAGGCCAAACCUGUUAUUUUUUCCUCCAUAGCCAUUUGGAUCAUUGGAGACAGCUGAGUGAGGCGUGGUGCCCAGAGAGCUGCAGAGACAACCUUGGCCUCCCUGACGUCUGUGUCUCUUGGUUUGGUUGGGGCGGACCAUGGACAUACAUACAUGUGCCGACACUGUGCCCUGUUUUAUAAACUGUAGUGUUAAAAAUAAAUGUUUUUGCUCAAUUACUGGAAUUUCUUUGGUUAAGACAAAAGUGAGGAAUAAUCAUUUACAAGUUAUUUGUACAACAGGCCCAUUUUAAAUCCCAACAGUUUCUUAGCAGACAAUAGAAAUGUGUUCUUUACUAACUUUACUUGGUUUGAAAAUCUUACUAAAAUAAACUUGAGUGCCGUAUUGCAAAACCCAAUCAUACUUGUUAUGUAAACAUUAGCUUUGUAGAUAUUUUUUACAGAUAUAUAUUUGUGUGCAACAAAAACCAAACUUAAAUAAUUUGUCAUUCUUUAUUGAAAAACAAAAAAAUACAGGUAUACAGAAGUGUGGGAAAAUGAUAAUGUGAAAGUAUUGCACUAUAAAUGAAGUGAGAUGAGAUGAAGGUGAGAUGAAGGUGGACGCCAGCGGGCUGGACGCCGGACGAAGAAACCUGGAGACGGAUCGCUCAGACAGGAAGGGAAGAGCUUCCUCUUACCUUGAUGGAAUUAAAGUUAGCCGUCGUCUGAACGCCCAACCGUACGGUCUGAGGUCAAAGGUCACAGGAAACACACACCAGUCAGCAGUCAUACAGAUGCAUAAAGAUAACUGUAGCCAUGGCAACCAGCUGACAUGUCCCCACUUUCACCAGCACCUGGUGCCUGCCGGGUCACCUGAAUUCCUGUGUGAUGUCAGCACGGUCGGCCGUGACUGCUGCCAUCAGAGGUGACCUCUGAUCAGCUGAAUGAACUCACCUUCCAGGGUGACGCCGUGUUAGAGUCGGCUUCAUCCUGUAAACAAACAAACAAACAAACAAAUGAGUGGUAACAUAAACACCACGUCUGGUUCUGGUGGAGGCGGAGGACAACAUGCACCUUUCCAGGAGCAGAACCCAGAUGUUCUUGUUGCUACAAACAGAGACGAGCAGAGUUAAACCAGGAAGUGAGAGGGACCAGCUGCUGCAGACAGGUGACGCUCACCUGAGCCUGAACCAUAGGAGCCUCCUCAGCCAUCAGACCUUCUGACUCCAGUUCAGAUGCCACCUUGUUGAUGUCCCUCAGGCGGGACUCGUUGGCCUUCAGGUCCUGCAGGACAAAAGCACCUGCUGAUUACCUUGUUGCGUUCGGGUUAACAGGUCUGGUGUUAGAACGUGGUGGAUAAGAAUGUUCUGACGGGCCGAGGGUUCUGAACUCACCCUGCAGGACUGGGCCUGCUCCUUCAGGGCCUGGAUGCUGCUGCCGUAAGCCGACAGGUCCGACAUCAGGGCCUCGUGCUUCUUCAGGAGAGCCUGUGGAGCAGAACAUCAGAACCUUCAGCUCGUCUGACACAAGUGGAGCUUUCUCGCAGCGAUGGUCCAAUCGGAUCCGCCACCGUAAAACAAACCCUGCUCAGUUCACCGCAGACGCAGCUCUGCGGGUGUUUAGUGGAAAAGCGUGAGCCUUCUGCCGGCUGCCACGUGUCAUGGCUGCUCUGCAGCGGGAACACACAUCACAGCUUGUAAACCGUUUGAAAUGAGAGCGACGGGAACACGUUUGUCAUCACUUCCUGUGCGAGGCCAGCACUUCUACCCCUAACCCAUGAGACGCUCAAACGAGCAACGACGUCUGGUAGACAACCGAAGGAAAUGACAAAUACAGAAACACUAAUUAUGAAGGACUGGAAAGAGAGCAAAGAAAAGCGAUUGGAGUUUCUCAGGAAGGGACUUCCAUACCUCGGCCAAGUCCUCGUCUUUCCCUUAGUCUGGACUUCCAACGAUGGGCUCCUUCUCCCUCAUCCAGGACUCGGCCUCAUUAGCAUCCGCAAAGUACUGCUGGGCCUGCAGAGAGUCCUCCAGGUCCUGCCUCCUCUGGGACGCCUUGGCCUUCAGCGUGUCCCAACGUCCAUGAAGCUCCCACAGUUUAGUCUUCACUUCCUCACCAGCGAAGUGACCUGGACCCAAAAAAAGUGAGCCAGAACCUGCAGACACCUCAGAAACAUGUCAGGACCAGACCUGCUCUACCUUCUUCCACCAUGGUCUCUCCUUUCUGGGUGACAGCCUUGAUGCGAGGUUCAUGACCUGUGAUCUCAGCCUGCAGAGCCUGGUGCUUCUUCAGCAGGUUCUGGACACCAAUCAGGUCCUUCCCUGAGGACACAUGUUAGAGUUCAGCAUUAUGCAGUAGACAGACCAGUUUAACCCAGGGGUUUCUUUCUUCUACAAUCUGCUCUUUAACUGUAUUCUUUCCUGCUAUUUCAGCUGUUAACUUUAUUUUUUCUCAAAGUGUUUUUCUCCCCAGAAGAAGCUACAACGACGUUCUGCUGAGCUGUGGUGGCCUCAUGGAGGGGGCCAUCGACUAGCACACUGCUGCUAACCACUUAAACAUUCUCCCUCUCCUGAUAGUAACAUUUUACUUUCUUUGAUGUUGGAUGUGGUGCUACUAGUUUACCCGUUUAAUUAUAGAUUCACUAGGAUAAAUACAAUAAAGUUUAUCUCUCGCCAAAUAGAAUAUUUACUGUGGCGAGCCCGUGAAGAGGUGUAGGAGAAUGCGACAAAUUUGUCUGUUAAAAAGUCUGUUAUGUACAAAAAACACAAUAUCAUCACACUAUUUUGGACCGAUACAUGACGGUCAGGUCCGGCUUGGGGAGAAAAUAUGACACGUCUUUCAGGAUGGACUUCAUCUUUGGUAGCUGGCGAAGCCGGGAAAAGCAGGAUCUAACCACCUGGCUAAUGUGGGAGUCCAUCCGCAUCUCUGGGUCCAAAACCACCCCCCGGUUAGUGAUGGUUGGCUUCACUAAGCUGCAAAAACAGGGUUGCAGGACAGGACUAAC